AUGCUGCGAUUUGGACAGCAUCCGAAGAAAACAGAACUACCUCUGGCCAGCAACUACGAGAUAAAGCCGAAAAAGAGGCGGCACGGACGAAGAAAAUGGAUCAACAUCAUUAGCAUCACAAUAACCGUGGUGGUGGUAUUUCUACUGAUUCGCGGCCGCAAACCGGCGAAGUUUGUGCCACAGAUUGUGAAUUCAGAGCCGGCGCCACCAGAAAGCAAAUUGUGGCCGAAAGAGACGGGUAUUCCCGAAGAAGAAGACGACGCGUGGCCAGACACGGUCGAGUUCUAUGACCUAGAAGAAUACCAAGGCACGGCAAACGGGCGAGAGAACAAGGAGAUUGUUCUGUUGCUGGUGCCGCUAAGAAACGCUGCCAAGGUGCUGCCCCUGAUGUUCCGCAACAUGAUGAACAUGACAUACGACCACAGUUUGAUAGACAUAGCUUUUCUAGUGAGCGACUGCUCAGAGGACGACACCACGCUGGAGACACUUUUUGAGUACACGCAGGCAAUGCAGAAGGGCACGCUGUUGGAGUUGCUCGACAAGAAGGAGUCGAACACGCCGUCGGGAGCCAUCGUUGGCUCGAGCGACCUGUAUUUGCAGUACAUGCCACAGGACUACGUGGACAACGUUCGCAAGGCGUACUCGCCGCCAUACCACUCAGAAUACACUAAACCCUUCCGAUCGGUGCAGAUAUACCAAAAAGACUUCGGGCAGGUCAUUGGACAAGGGUUCAGCGAUAGGCACGACGUCAAGGUGCAGGGUAUCCGCCGGAAGCUCAUGGGACGCGCCCGCAACUGGCUUUUGAGUACGGCACUCAAGCCGUACCACUCGUGGGUGUACUGGCGAGACGUGGACAUUGAGACGUCGCCAGGCGACAUUCUGGAGCACAUGAUGAAGUUCUCACCAGCAUUCGACGUGGUGGUGCCCAAUGUUUGGAGACCGCUACCGACGUUUCUGGGCAACGAGCAGCCGUAUGAUCUCAAUUCGUGGAUAGAAUCCAAAGAGGGACUCGAGCUCGCCAAGACGCUCAACGAGGACGACGUCAUCGUCGAAGGGUACGCCGAGUACCCGACCUGGCGUGUCCAUCUCGCGUAUAUCCGGGAACCCAACGGCAACCCGGACGAGAUUGUCGACCUGGACGGCGUCGGGGGCGUCUCAAUCCUCGCGAAGGCCAAAGUGUUCCGCCAAGGCUCGAACUUCCCAGCUUUCACGUUCAUGAACCACGCCGAAACCGAGGCGUUCGGCAAACUCAGCAAGCAGAUGGGCUUCCGCGUCGGCGGGCUGCCCCACUACACGAUAUGGCAUAUCUACGAGCCUUCCGAGGAUGACCUGAUCCAGAUCUCGCGGCUGGAGAGAAAGAAGCGGCGGCGCCUGAACAAGGCCAGUCAUUAA